AUCUCCACUCAACAAACCAAAAAAAAGAAAUAAUAAUAAAAUUUCAAGAAAUCCAUAAAAACAAAAUCAUACAUCAAAUGGCUUCAAUGUGUGGACGCAUGGCAUUGCGUGCCGCGGCACGCCGAUAUGUUACAUACACUCCAGUACGUUUCUGUAAAAUGAUGAAUGAUCCCCUCGAGCAUGCGACUGGCAUUGAGAAGCGUGAAUUACUGGCUAAAGCUGCCGGUAAUGACAACCCUUUCGAUAUGAAAGUGUUUAAACGUGGUGCUGGUACCAAGGAAAAUCCCAACCUAAUACCAUCCGCUUUUGAGGCUCGUAUUGUAGGAUGCAUCUGCGAAGAAGAUCAGACUUACGUUCAAUGGAUGUGGCUGCAAAAAGAUUCACCUAAACGCUGUGAAUGUGGCCAUUGGUUUAAAUUGGUGGAGAAGGCGCCUGUUUAAAUUAGUCAUCAACUUCUACUUACAAAAAAAUAAAUCGCUUUCGGUUUUAUGUUUAAUUGAAACAUUUAAGUAAAAAGUAACUCUUUAAUAAUAAUAAAAAAAAAGUCAAUACAUCAAGUAAAAUCAGCAA